CAAAAUCACGCUUUUCUUCUCUGCGCUUCUGCCAACCACAAUAUUAACCUUAAACUACCCUAAUGUACUUAGCUACCACCAUCUUACUUAUUGUCAUAAUAACCGAAACCAUUCUUAUCCUCGGAUACUCUUAUGUCACGCAAAAGGCUUACCAAUGGUACAUUAAAGCAAGUAAUGACAAACGAGUCGCCAAACAACAAAAGCUGAAGCGCGAUCUAUUAAAGCUAAAAAGCGAUUUAUCUCAAACGAGCUCACAGGAUGAAUUUGCAAAAUGGGCCAAAAUGCGACGGAAACUAGAUAAGGGCAUGGCCGACUUGGAAAAAUUGAACUCGGAUAUUGCGUUUGCUAAAGCCGCGUUUGAACUUCGUGCCAAGUCUGUGCUGUGGUUUUUCGUUCACGGAACGCGUACGAUAAUUGCAUUUUGGUAUACACGGAGAGCAGCGUUUUAUCUGCCAAAAGGCUGGUUUGGACCUGCAGAAUGGUUCCUUUGGAUGCCGCUUGCGCCAAAAGGUGCGGUGAGCAUAGCUAUCUGGGUUUCGGCAUGUCGACAAGUGGUAAAGCAGACUGUGGGAAUUGCUCGCGACUUUAUUUUGCCUGAAAAGAAAGUUGAAGUAUAAUGAAAUGAUGAACAUGUCGUUCGCAAAUGGAAAGCAAGGAGAGAGAAAGAGUUAUCAACUCAAUGUAUAAAGCUAAAAAUAAUAAAUCGAUCCCAUCGUAUGCCUACUGCUCAAAUCGGUCGUGACAACCUUAGCCCGGUCAGGCCUUCUUGUUUUCUACUUUAACAGAGCGUAUUAAACAUUCCGUCUUGAUCUCUCUGCUGGCAGCUUUGGACACCUCCACUUGCUACCAACAUGCCCGCAGACUAUUUUUCCAUACACCCACUUUGUCUUUAAUUAAUUUCAUACUUACUAAGAUGUCUGUAUACAAGCAUUCUGGAACCAGUUACCUCAAAUCAUUCGGAAGUCCUGGCGAACAUCCGUGUUGUUGACAACGAGCUACAAGCUUGCU